UCAGCAAAGGUUGCGUCUCAUAUCCGCAAACGCUCACACGAUCCAUAGCGCGUCGAGUGAUACGUCGCGUCUUGUUAAAAGAUGUCGUUUCAUUCAUGAGUAUAAAAUCAACUAUGCAAAUGGUUCGCACAAGCAGUGUAUGUUUUGUGAUUGCACUCGUGACAGGUACUAAUUUCGUCUUGUAAUGAGACUAAUGACUUUAUACGAGCUAGUACUACUGGUGAUUGGUGUCAUGCUAAUCAAUCGCUGUGCAGGUAAAGGUACAAUGGAUCAAAUGGCAAGAACCAGUGCCAUGAUGCGAUCGGUUUGCAUGGGAAAACACAAGGCGGACGAAAGCUUGAUCGAUGCGCUUGGACGUGGCGAAUUUGCCGAUACGAAGGAACUCAAAUGUUACGCAAACUGUGUCCUGGAAAUGAUGCAGGCGAUGAAGAAAGGAAAAGUUAUCGCCGAUAGCGCCAUAAAACAGAUUGAUUUGCUUAUUCCGACCGAGAUCGCCGAACCGACAAUAAAGGCAUUCGAUGGUUGCCGUGAUUCAGCAAAUGGAAUCAAAAAUUCGUGCGAAGCUGCAUAUGCACUGCUAAAGUGUCUACAUGCGAACAAUCCAAGAUAUUUCUUUGCGUAAUUACCAUCAUGCAUAUUAUUUCCGAUUGGUUACGUGGGUGUGGUUAGCAUUUAAAAAGAAACAAAAACACGAAUAAAGGUACAGCAACAGUUA